AUGGGACUUAUAAACUUUAGUGUAACUGUAGGUUUCCCUAUUGGAAUGGGUCUCAGUGGGAUUCUAUUGAAAAUUCUUGGCUAUUACGGAUGUUUUGGAAUAGUUUCUAGUUUACAUUUUAUUAAUCUCGUAUAUACUGUCUUUAUUCUUAAAGAUCCAGAACGUACACAUGAACAAAAGUUGCACGAUGGCAAAGGUUUUAUAUACAACUUUAGACUGUUUUUCGAUUUUAAAAACAUCAAAGACACCUUUAGAGUGAUGUUUAAGAAGGACGCAAACAACAGUAGAUGGAGAGUGUCUAUAUUGGUUCUAGUUGUAUGUUUAUUGUUUGGACCUAUUCAUGGCGAGGUUUCUGUAAUGUACAUAUCUACAAGAUACAGAUUCAACUGGGACGAAGUAAAUUUUAGUUUAUUUCAAGCGUAUAAUAUGGUUACUCACACUAUUGGAACAAUAUUUUCCAUUACGGUGUUCAGUAAAUAUUUGGGAUGGCACGACUCAGUUCUGGGUAUUAUAUCUACAAUAAGCAAAAUUGCAGCCUCAUUUAUAUACUGCUUCGCGCCGAACGCAAAGAUUUUCUUUAUUGCGCCCGUGGUUGAUAUAUUAAAUGGAACGUCCCUUCUGGCUCUGAGAUCGACAGCCUCCAAAUUAGUGUCACCUGAUGAAUUUGGGAAAAUAAACUCAAUAUUUGCGUUAGCUGAAAACAUCACGCCGUUACUAUAUGUACCGUUGUAUACAAAAGUGUAUGUGGCUACAAUGGAGACUUUACCAGGAGCUUUGUUCCUAGUUGGAUCCUCCAUGACUCUACCAGCUCUUGCCGUUUUCAUAUGGCUGUUUGUGGAGCACAGAAAGAUCCAAAGGAAACAAACCAAACUAAAUGUCGAGUUAGCAGCUAAAGAACAGUAGAAAUUUAAUAUUAUAUAAAUACCCAAAAUGAUUACAGAGAUCCCACCGACGUGGAACAAAUUACUUCAAAAGAAUCGUGAAAGUGUAGACGAGACCAAGCCUUCACGUCUUGCUUUAACCCAAUUAAUGAAUAAGUAAAAUCGUUUUGAUAAUUUACGACACCUAUUUUAUAUCAUUAUUAAAUAUUUAAACAAAAA